AUGAUAUCGAAUCGGUUACGAGUUCAGUUUUCUUCAAUUCCAAGACAUGAACACGCGCGUUUUAAAUUAUUUUUUGUGUAUUUUUAGUUUUCGAUACGUUCGGAGUGUCAAAGUGAGUUUUGUUGACGAACCCAGUGUUUUGUCGGCUCACAAAGAAGAACUUACACCAUUCUUAAUAACAUGUGCCUUAAACGAUAUUGUGAUUAUAGCAGCGCCUCUUAUAGACAAACAUACAAAAUACUACUUGACCAAACCAAACGGGGACACAAUCAAACUUAACAUAAGCCUCUCUUGCAAAAAUGUAUCACAUACAGAUACAAUUAUAGUGAAAUACUUUAAAAAUAUUAAAGUUAUACUUUCCGAAAACCAAUACAGCAUUUUUAAUGUUAAUUAUGGAGCGAACCUUAUGGAUGAAACAGACAUAUUUGGAGAGAGAGAGAAGAAAAUGGCGGGAAACGAAUUCAUGAUUGGUCCGUUGAGUUCUGAAGAUCAUGGUAAUUGGGUGUUGAGUGCGUUUCACAUGGGACAUGAUGGGAAAUGGGUGGAGGUGUUUCAAGUGAUCACUGUUGAAAUAGUUGAAACAGUACCACCGAAUGUACGAAAACCAGUGAAAAAAAUAGGCGAAGAUUUGGAACUUAGCUUUGAAUAUCCUAUACCUAACUUAGAGAGCUGCGAAAUAAUAGCUCCUAGGUCCACCUUUGAUAGAUUUUAUACAAGGAAUAAGAAUAAUAUGAAGAACUGUGGUUUUCUUUUACCAAAUAUAACGCGGGAAGAUGGUGGACUAUGGAAAAUCAUUGGAGUCGGCAAAAUAGUAUAUGAAACGACGGCUUUUUUAACUAUUAAAGAUAUGGUUUUAUAGCA